AUGAUUACUGACACGAGGCGUUGUCAUGAUGGACCGUCGAGUACAACUCGGUCUGCUGCAGUUUCCCUUGCAGCACGCUCUGCCCUUCAUCUAAGAGACAUUAGCAGGGCUCUCAGCUCUCCUCAGGCAAGUCGCCUAUGCUCAUGUGGCUCUCCAUCUUCGAAUAUGAACUGCCGUAGCUGUUGUGCUUCGUGUGCUCAACAGCAGCCUACACCUGAGCCUAAUGCGAGCGAGGGUGCCUUCCCAGGCCUUGAAUCCCCUGAAGGGCCGUUUUCUGAGUCUCCAGCCUUCAUUCCACCCUUAGGAGCGGCAGCACUCCCAUUGGGGGGAGGAGGCGAGAAGCGGCCAGAGCGGCAUAUGCGCAACUCUGGAUUCCCCUGCGAGGAGGGGGGCAGUAGGGGUGGCAGUCCCUUCUUACCGAUUGUGCAUCAUGGAGGGCCCCCCCCUGUCGAGGUUCCAGAUUGGAGUCAUGGUGUAUUCGAUCCUCCUCCGAAGAACGCCCCUCCCCAAACAGAAAGCCGCAUCAAGAUUAAAUUUUUAGACCCCUUCCCCCCCCCUACAAGUGCCCCUUCCCUGGCGUCGUUUUCUGUGUACGGAUCGGGGAAGCCUCGCGAACCACUGCUCCUCGCAUGCCACCCCCUUCCAGAAGGACAGGCUUCAUGCGAAGUGCUCUCAAAUAAGCCUUUUUUCCAGAUCCCAGAGGAAUCUCUCUACAGGGGCUGGAGUAUGGGGGAGGGGGAUCGAACAGCAACCAGCAGCCAGCACUCUCUCUCGACACUUGCUGGAGAAGGCGACGAAUCACCGAGCUACCCUGCCUCUCACUCUGCACAAGGCCAAGGCUUACUUUGCUGUGAAGCCUCCUCCGACGCUGAGAACUGCGUAACGUGCUCGGGAAUAUUCAAUGGCUCAUACGACCCCCUUCAUGCAGCACCAGUGGCUGGAGGGUUCUACGGUCCUGGUGGGGGAGAAGACGAGGCUCCUUUUGAGCCAACAAUCGGAGACAGGAUGCCUCGAGGCAGUUCCCGCAAGUGGCCGCAUUCAGAAGAUCUUACCGAACCUUUGUCUCCAAAGGAUCUCUUCAAAGUGCUGCCCCAGCUGCGGCAGCAGCUCGGAGGUGUCGCUGAUGUAAGCUUUUUGCACGAAGCAUCCUGUUCUAGUGUUUUAGAUAGAGUGCCUUCUAAUAGAGUGCCUUCUAGUGUUUUAGAUAGAGUGCUUUCUAGUGCUCCUAGUAGAGUGACUUCUAGUGCUUUAGAUAGA